AACAAACAUAGAUUUAUAAUGCACACAAAAGUCAAGGCACUUUCAAUAUCAGCGAAACAUGUCAAGACAGUUGACGGCUUCAUUUGCAAGGACCCGCCCCCUCUGACGCGGAGUAGGACGUCCUGACUCCUGCCAGCCCCGACCCCAGACCCAGACCCAGACCCAGACCUAGACCCGGUCCACUGGUCCACUUCUCUCGGGACUUUUGAAGCAAGAUGGAAGUGUUGCGUGAGGACUCCUGCUGACUCUUCCAGGCGGGAUUGAAGGCUCAUUUGUGGAGAGAUUUAUUCCUCCAACCAAUGACAACUUUGGACUUCUUCCCACAUUCCCGCAGCUCCUAGCGCAGGAGUGACGUCACAAUGCGGGCCUUAGUGGUCGCCAUGGUGGUCGCCAGUCUCCUGCGGCUCCCCGCGGACGUGCAGGCCAGCGGGGAGUUCUGCCACGGCUGGCAGGACCCCCAGGGAGGGUGGAAGGAAGGCUUCCAGUGCCCGGAGAAGAUCGACGGGCUGGACGCCAUCAUCUGCUGCGGGAAGUGCGAGCUGCGCUACUGCUGCUCCAGCACGGACGCGCGGCUGGACCAGGGCGGCUGCGACGACCACAGGCAGGACCCGGGACCAGGGACCGGGAGCAAGGAGACCGAGGACUCCGGUGCAGUGCCCAUCUACGUGCCCUUCCUCAUCGUGGGCUCGGUGUUCGUGGCCUUCAUCCUGGUGGGCGCCGUGGUCGCCAUGUGCUGCUGCCGCUGCCUGCGGCCCAAGCAGGAAUUGGCCUCAAUGGGCGGGGCUUCAGGAGGCGCGUCGGCAGGGGGCCGCCUCCUGGAGACCAUUCCGAUGAUGUCCAACACCUCCAGGGGUUCGUCGUCCCGCCAGUCCAGCACCGCCACGUCCUCCAGCUCCUCCGCCCCCGCCGCCAACCCCCGCCCCCCUGCGCCCCCAAUGCUUCGGGCGCAGGCCACCUGCUGCUUGCCGCCGGACGCCAGCGUCUUCGUCAACAUGCCCACCAACUUCUCCGUACUCAACUGCCAGCAGGCCACGCAGAUCAUGCCCCACCAGGGACAGUUCUUGCACCCGCAGUACAUCGGCUACAUGGCCCCGCCUCCCGCCUUCAUGGACCCCACGCAAGGCGGCUACAGACCCCUGCAGUCCCCUAGUCCUCCUCAGGCCGGGGCCGAGCACAAGUACCCUCCAGUCACCGUGUGAUCAUGUGACCUUGGAGGUGGACAAACAUGGCGUCUGUUUGCUGUCAUGUGAUCAAGUCAGCCUAUUAAAAAUACUUGCAAGUAUGAGGGUGGGAUCCUUCAUUCACAACUUGCACACACAGUGUGUGUGUGUGUGUGUGUGUGUGUGUGUGUGUGUGUGUGUGUGUGUGUGCUGUGAGGCUCCGCCCACCAGCUGCUGCAAACCAGGUAAAUUAGAUACAAGUAGAAAGUUACACUAAAAUAUGUCCACACCUACAAGAUGAGGACACAAUGGAAAGGUGCCAUGCAGUCCCCACUUCACAUGUAACACUUGUUACCCUAUUUGUUACCUUAUUUCACACUUAUUACACUACUUUGUUACCUUAUUUCACACUUAUUACACUACUUUGUUACCCUAUAUGUUAC